CAAUCUCAUGUUUUUAAACAAACUAUUCUUCUCCAACAUUCUCUCAAACUAUAAUCCUUUUGUUUUUUGUUUUUUAAUCUCGUUCUCUUUCCUCGUAUUGUCUUUUGUUGUUGUAUUUGGUUUUCUUCCUUCUCUUUCUCUAUCUGUGUUUUUUUUUUCUUCCUUAAAGGGUGAACAUAUGUGGCAAAAUCAGGCGAAUAAAUCUUCUUACAGAGAAUCUCUCAAAGCUCUUGAAGCGGAUAUACAGCAUGCCAAUAACUUGGCUGCUUCUCUCCCCAGGGAUUAUAAUGGGGAUUGUGUUCAGAUGAGAUUGUCUUACAGUCCCUUGGCUCCGCUUUUCCUGUAUUUGAUUGAAUGGAUGGACUAUAGUUGCACUGAUUCUCUGCCUAGCUAUUUAGGCCUUCUCCAUAUACUAAUAUACAAGGUAUAUGUUGACGGAAUUCCUUCAGCGUCUUCCUCAAAAGAAAGGAAAGCCAGUUUAAGGGAAUUUUAUGCUGUGAUAUAUCCUUCACUCAGGCAACUUCGAGGCGAGUUUAUUGAAUUGGAUGGUGAUGACACUAGAAACCAGUACACAGAAGUUUUAAGCGGUAAACGAGAGGAAAGCCGAAGAGUGGUUUCGGAUAAAGACCUAGAGAGAGAUGAUGAAUGCGGGAUAUGCAUGGAAAAUGGAACGAUGAUGGUGUUGCCAAACUGUGGGCACUCUAUGUGCAUCUGCUGCUUCCAUGAUUGGAACGCGCGAUCAGAAUCCUGCCCAUUCUGCCGCGGCAGCCUCAAGAGAGUUAGCUCGACAGACUUGUGGGUUCUCACGAGCAACAAUGAUGUGGUUGAUCCGGUAACUCUUGCAAAGGAAAACCUGAGACGCUUCUAUCGUUACAUCGAAAACCUGCCUUCUUUCGUUAUCCCAGACACACAUGUAUUAUUAUUUGAUUACAUGCUCUGACCUACGGAGGAAAGACUGGUGCAACAAUUCAUGCAAUGCUAACUACCCCCUUGUAUAUAGAGUCCUGUAAAUAGAGAAGUUUGGCGUCGCGCCUACCGCUGAUCAUGGCUUGUUGUGAGCUGUUUCAUGGUAGCUGUACAUAGUCAAGGAAGGAGCUUUGGAGAUUGUAAAAACUAAGCAUAGAGCAGCCUGGAUAAAAGCAAGGAUUAUGGGACUACAUCUUUGUUGCAAUAGUACAUAAUGUAAAAAAAAAAAAAAAAAAAAAGGUAUGCCUGGCAUUUAACUCAGCUUUUUUGGAACCUGAGUUUGGGGUGCAAAUGGCAAGAAAUUUAUGUGUAUCUGGGCUUCUGCUUAUUACUUUUCCAUACAUGAUUAAAGACGUGGGUCAAAUAUAUAAUAAUACAAAACUUGAUUCUCUUGCAA